AUAUCCGUGAAUAAUGAGAAAAGCGAAGUUAAUCUUAACUGGCACAUAAUUUUUCAUUUGUUUUUUUCGUUUUGCCGUUUUCGUUUUGCUCUCGAGUGGACUGUCGUUUCGUGACGUUACCUACUCCGUUUAGAAACCGAAAGUCUAAUUGUUUAUGUGAUGCAAAUCGCGAAAUAGGUUUUUUCCCAGACAUACAGGUCAUCUAAGUUGAUCUGCGGGUGUUUUCGAGGAAUGAUCUUUGUUUACACGAAUAGGAAACCGUAACCUACUGCGGGAUUUUUCCCCAAAGCGUGAUCACCAAAUCGAAAGUAAACGAGUUGCCUGCAUUCAACAGUACCUCAUUCCGGAAGCGUUGAAUAACGAAAGUAACCUCCAUCGAUCUACGAUAACAACUGAAUUUUCCGCUUGACAAGAUCGCCUUCAAUCAGCUAACUCCUCGUGGAGCUUCAAGCUGAACAUGGAACCUAAAUUAGGAGUUGUAGUUCUCGUUUUCGAUCUUUUGAGGGUAGCUUGUCUCGACAGUCCGCCAGCUAAGCCGCUCUUGAGGUACAAUUAUCAAAGCGAGAAGUUCGUCCUCGGAGAUGAUGCUCUUCGCGAGCUGCAGUCCAUCCGAGGUCCAUUGAGAAUAAUCAGUGUCAUUGGGGACGCACGAGUGGGCAAAUCGACAAACUUGAACUUGAUCAGAUAUUUUCUGGAAGGAAAGAAAAGUGGAAUGGUUCAGAAUGUGUUUAAGACGAGCGAAAGCAUGGAACCUUGUACCUCGGGCGCGUGGAUGUCACUUCUGCGUGACGCGAACGGUGCUGACAACACCAUUUUAAUCGACACAGAGGGAACCAAUGUGGGGGACAACGAGGUCACCGAUUUACUGAGCAUCUUCGCCGUCCUUAUGUCUUCAGGUGUAGCGCUGUUUGCCAGGGAAAGAAUAAGUAAUCACAAUAUACAGUUUCUGUAUCGUGUGUCGCGUUUAAGCGAGCAAAUCUGGGAACAUGAUGAUGUGUACAGCGCCAACUCGCAUCCGGGACUUAUGGUGGUCCUACGAGAUGCGCUAUCGCCGUCACCAGGGAAGACCCUACAAACGGAAAUUGAAGAUACGGUGCUGAAUGGCAACAGUAAAUACGGACAAACCAUAAGCAGGCUAUUUACUCGCGAUCGAAUCAUAGUCAGAGACAUUCCGUUUGUAAAGGAUUCGAAACGAUUGACUGAUUUAGACCACGACUAUGCAAAUAUUGCUUCCUCCCUCGCGAAGGAUUUCAAAAGGUUUCCUUGCAAAAAAACUGUUCGUGGAGGAGUUAUGGAUGGCAAAAUGAUCGCUGAUCUCGCUACGAGACUUCAGGAAGCGAUUAACAAGAAUUCUUGGAGAGGAUUUUCAAAUGCGUACAUCGCUCUUGAAACAAACUUGUGUGACCGUCGAUUCAAAGAAAUCGUUGAACCGUUGCUGGAAAGGGACGUGGAUGAGAUCAAGCUCUCCAUUGACCAAGCAAUGGGCCAGUUUGCUGAGAAUUGUGCUGUAACGGAAGAAAUUCAAUUUACGCGUGAAAGAGUGGCCAGUGUUAUUGCUUUAAAAGAUGAAAUAAAGGAGAAACAAAAGCGUCUGGAACAAGAGAGACAGAGAAGACGACUAGAAGAAGAGAGAGAACGAGAAAGAGAAGAGAAGCGACGUAGAGAAAUAAUCGAACGAGAAAAAAGGCUGGAGGAAGAACGCACUGCGAGAGAGGAGGCAGAGAAACAGAGAAGAAUUCUAGAAGAACAAGUAAAGAGGGCUGAAGGACAACGAAGGGCGUAUGAAGCCCAGGCAGCAGCUCGAAGAGCAAGAGAAAGGGAGAAAAGAGACAUAGUUAGGACUGUUCUUGGCGGUGCCGUCCUGUUUGGAAUUUUUAGCGAUUCGCGCCUUAAAGAAAACAUCACAGCUGUGCCGCGUUCCAAGUUCGAGGAGAUUGGUCUCCAGGGCUACAGCUGGGUGUGGUCCAGAAAAGCUACUGAAGAACUGGGUAUGAGAGGAAAAGACAGCGGUGUUAUUGCUCAUGAGGUGGAGAACCUGUACCCGUGGGUAGUGGUGACGGGUGAUGAUGGGUACAAGAGAGUGUACUACGAAGCCCUUGAGGAACUCAUAAUCUUAAAAAAAAAAGGACACGAACUUUGUAUAGGAGAUAAUCACCUAAAGCAGGACUGCUUAAAGUUAAAAUAGGAUUUGCGAAAACUUUCACAGAACGGAAAUUUAGAAAAACAUCUACUUCGCAAUUUCAGCGCGAUUACUCGAACCGGGUCACAUGGAAAGAGUUAACCAAUCAGAACAUUACUUGAGAACAGAUUUUUUUGAUAUUCUCUCGCCAUUUCUCCGUAGGUAUUAGUUAAGAUAUCUCAAAAACAAGAUACAAUAUUUUAUUGCAGCGUUCGGUCCGCCCGACCUAACUCUGUCAAUAAGCAUUUUAUCGUAUGACCACUUGUGUUGAAAAUUCUGUUUAGUAGAACGCGGCUACAUAACAUCAGACGGCCGCGCGCGGGACAGCUACGAAAAAGAUUCUACAUUGAAGGUAGAAUUCGGCAAGAAAACCACAAUUCAUUGAAAAACACGGCUCAUUUUCUCAUGUCUGUUUUUCUUUAGAUUUAAAGUACACAAUUACAAUUCAUGUUAACGUGAAAUAUUGAAAAAAUAAACAUUGGUUGUUAAAAUG